GAUUGUACGUUGACCCCCAUGUCAUAUAAGUACACAUGCUUAUAUCACAGUCAAACCAUGGCCUAUAUAAUCCUCGACUCUGUGACUGCGUGAUACUAUUGACACUGCAACGAUUUAUGUACUGUCAGGAAAAAUCAAGAACAGUAAGAUGCUGUCCCUGAAUCAGCUUCUGAUAAUGGCUUCCCUCGUUUCUUUAGAAUUCUGUGGAGCCAAGAAUGUUGUCAUGAUUCCCCCACUAAGCAAGAGCUACUUAAUCUACCACGCCAACAUUGGCCAAGCUUUGAUAGAACUUGGCCACAACGUGUCCAUCUGUGUCCCAGACUACCUGGCCAACAAAGGGCUAGUUCCUCAUAAAAAGAUCAACAUAAUAAAAUACGGUGAAUACCUCGGCGACGUCGAGGCGCUUGUUUACGAAAAAACACAACUGAUUGAAAAAUUCUGGGCAGGUGGAGUUGAUACUGUUGGCAGUCUGAUUCCUAUAGUGAAUUUUUGUAAAGGAUUGCUUGAACAAAUUCUAUCUGAUGAGACCUUUAUAGCAUCUCUACGAGAUUUGAAGCCAGAUUUUUUCAUCAUAGAAAAUUUUAUGUUUACCAGAAAUAUUCUAGUGCUUCCUUACAAGCUGGAUGUGCCGUUCGGCCUAAUCGGCACAUAUCACGACUAUUUUCUAAGCAGAACGCCGUUCAGUCCUGCUGCAGACCAGCUCUUUUUUGACGACGGAGGUGAUAGGAAAAGUUUUCUACAGCGAGUCCAAGCCACCAUUUUGUCUGCUGCUUUCACUGUGUAUGAUAUUUUUUCAGACAGUGACGUGGUGUCUAGAUACGCCCCUGAGAAGCCUGAUAUAUCAAUCAGGGAUAUAGCAUUGAAGGCUGAAAUAUUUAUCACGGAAAUUGAUCAUAUACUUGAUUACCCACGCACUAGUCUUCCUAACACAAAACUUGUAGGUGGAUCUUCAGUCAGCGAGGCCAAGCCAUUGUCUGGAGAUAUGAAACAUUUUGUGGACAAGUCUCCCAAUGGAAUUGUCGUAGUAUCAUUUGGAAGCGGGAAUGUUUAUAUACCAGAUCAAAUUAGAUCUAAAAUGGCAAAUGCUUUUCUAAAACUAAAUCUAAAUGUCAUAUGGAAGAUAAAUGGGACAUUUGAACAACAAGACAAAAUUUUAGCUUCGAACUGGAUUCCUCAAAACGACCUCUUGGGUCAUCCUAAAACUAAAGUGUUUGUUUCCCACUGUGGGAAAAACGGUCAGUACGAGGCACUGUACCAUGGAGUUCCAAUCCUUUGUCUUCCUAUUUAUGGAGACCAAUUUUAUAAUUCUAAACGAAUAGCUGUGAAAGAAUUUGGACACUAUGCAGACAUAAGGGAAAUAACUUCUGAAAAAUUUUCGGCAUUGAUUCAAGAAAUAGCAGACGAUCCUAAAUAUAGAAAUAACAUCCAGAAAGCGUCAAAGUUAUUCAAAGAGCUUUACAAAGUUCCCAGCAAGGAGGCUGCCUACUGGUUUGAUCACGUGAUGAAAUAUGGCGGAAGUUACAUGAGGUCAUCGGGUCAACAAAUGCCGCUCUAUCAAUAUCUGUUACUAGAUGUCAUGGCAUUUCUGUUCGGUAUUGUUAUAGUCUUCCUCGUUGUCGUAUCUAUAAUUUUCAGAUUAUGUUGGAAACUAUUGACAAAAUAUAAAGUAAAAACAGAUUAAUUGCGGUUAUAAUCACCCCCCCCCCUUUUUUUUUUUCAUUGAUCUCAGACAGCAUGCUUUACUACAUUCAAGAGGGACAUUAAGACCUACCUGUUUAAACCUUUUUCAGAUUAGUUUGUCAAUCAACUCUCGUGUCUAUGUUUGUAAUGUUAUCAAAGCACAUUCAGCCUACAUGUUGUGUGUUAACAGCGCUCUAUUAAUUAAAUAAUUAUUAUUAUUAUUAUAAAUGCCAUUUAACACAAUUCUUAAUUUUUUUUUAAAGAUUCUUUUGUACAUUAUUAAUUAUUAUUAUAUAUAACAUGGUAGUUUGAUAUUCUGAUACACAUGUUUACUUAUUAAAUUCUCAGCUUUCGUAUUAUGAUCUCUACUGGUAUCAUCGCAAGUAGGACACUUUCAUCUUUUAUUAUUUUUGAUUUAUGUUUUAAAAAUGUUUCACUCGUACAUGAGAAAACUUUGAUAGAAGGUUGACAGUCGUGAAGAAAUCUGGCCAGAUCUUUCGUAAGGUGCCAUGAUGGCCUUAGUGUUCUGCUUUCAUUUCUGUAUCCUGUCCUUCGAGGUGUCAACAAACCGAAUGUCUUUAAGAUACAUUUUUGAUUGACAAAGUCUUGUUUUAAAAAUUUAUUUAAUUGUGUUUCUAUUUUCGCCGAGUCAACGAGACUGAGAGAGAGAGAGAGAGAGAGAGAGCGAGAGAGAGAGAGAGCGAGAGAGAAGGAGAUAGAAAGAAAUAGAGACAGGAAUAGAGAGAAAGAGAAGAGAGAGAAACAGACAAAAAGACAGAGACAGAGGCAUAUAGCGAGAGAUCAAGAGAAGAGAUAAAUAUAGAGUGACACAAAGAGAAAAUAAGAGAAUAGAGAGAAACCGAAAAAGAGACAGAGAGAAGCAGAGAAAAAAGCGAAUUAUAUAUUUAUAUAUAUAUAUAUGUAAGUGAGAGAGAGAGAGAGAGAGAGAAAUGGGGAAACAAAGAGAGAUACAAUGUAUAUUUCAUGUUCACUGCUUUGAAAGUGUUAUCAAACUGAGGCAUCCAAGCGUGAAAAUAAAUCAAGCCAAAGUAACUGUGAAAAGUUUCGUAAUUGUUAUAGCUUCGUUAGACAGUCAUUGCCGGAAGUGGUACGGAUAUUAACACUCUACUACCUCUAAAAUACUUCCCAUGGCCUGCGUCUGAAAUAGACUCAAAUGAUUUACAAAAUGUAGGCCACUACUAUAAUUAUCUUAUCUUAUCUUAUAUAAUACAGACGUUACUUCAAAAAAGAAGAUGAUUACGUCCUACGCGUCAUGCAUUCAGUCAUGCAUAUUAACCAAUGACUUAAAUUCUGCCAAGUCACUGGUUUUCCUGGCUAGCUCAGGCAACCCAUUCCAUGCUCUAAUAGCACUAGGGAAGAAGGAGUAUUUGUACAAAUUUGUCCUAGCAUAUGGGACGAGGAAUGUGCCUUUAUCUUUGUGUCUUUCAGAGUAUUUUAUUUUUUUUUUUGUAUCCUCGUCAAAGAGACCAUUGUCCUUAAUCUCCGCUCAUGAGGACAUCUUUUCCUUUGUUAUGAAAGUAGCAGUUUUACUUAAGUAGGGCUGGUCAGCGUGUAGAAAGAAGAUUCAAACUCGGGCAAACUGCUAGAGACUGGAGUGCAUCGACAUCACCGAGCAUUCGCUCGUUAGAAAGUAUUUAGAGAAGAGCGGCCUGGUCGUGUUGUUUGCGCUCUGGACUGUUGCAUUGACGGUCCCGGCAUCAAACCUGCAGGUAGUGAGCAGCUCGUAGCAUUGAGAACAUCUCUGGAGUAAUUAAUUAUUAAAAGCUAAUUUGAACAUAGUUCUUUUGUUAUGAGUAUGUUUGAUAAUUGGUAUUGGUUGACCAGCGGCGCCCACACCCACUUUUAAGGUAAAGUGAUGUGUUGAUGGAAUGGUAAGCCCCGUUUUAGUAACUCACAUUAUGUUUGAAAUUACUCCCCCCCCCCCCAUUAGGAAGAUAUUGUAUAUAGUAGGAAGAGUUAUGCCCAUGGAUAGGGGACAUUAUUCUGUUCGAACCUCGAGCCUCCUUCUAGGUAGCCAAGCCAAGCCAAGUUCAAAGGUAGUUAAACGCACUUGGCCUCUCGACCACGCUUUCCACAUGAAGUGAAAAGAUCUCUCGAGACGUAAAAUACCACAGGGUCAGGCUGAUGAAAUGUGAUGUAAUGUUUUAGUAGUAUUGCAGCAAAUGAGUUGAUAUAAAGGUUUGGAAGGCUGAUGAAAUAUGAAGCUAGAGACGAGAGACACAGUCACGUAUUAUAAUGUAUGAACAUGUAGUAUGCUAGGGAUGAGUUCGAGAGUAUUUUUUAAAUCGUUCAAUGUCUCGCUACUACAUUGAGUUUUUACAUAAAUUUACAUUCAAACCCAAAGCUGUAUAUAUUUGUCAAUAAAAGUCAAGUAUAUUUUUUC